AUGAAUGACGGUAUAAAGAAGAAGGGGGUACGAGCUCCGCAACUUUUUCUCGAUGUAGAAGACAAAACCAAUGAGGCUCUAACCAAGUUUCGGAACCUUGAAUCAUGUAUAUAUCAAACUAAAACCAUUGGAGCUCCUAGCACCAGUAAACGAGGACCUGAAUUUAUGACUUGUGAUUGUGUUGAAGACUGGGAUGGCGAGAGACAGGAGAACCUUGCGUGUGGAGACGAUUCAAACUGUAUAAAUAGAAUAACAUCAGUAGAGUGUGUGAAUCGACAUUGUGGAUGUGGAGAUGAUUGUCAAAACCAGCGGUUUCAAAGAAGACAAUAUGCUAAUGUUACCGUGUUCCAAACUGAACUUAAAGGGUAUGGAUUGAAGGCUAAUUCAAUACUCAAGGAAGGACAGUUUAUCUAUGAAUAUAUCGGAGAAAUUAUUGAUGAGCCGACGUUUCGACAACGGAUGAUUGAAUAUGACUUGAAAGGGUAUAAGCAUUUUUAUUUCAUGAUGUUGAAAAAUGACGCCUUUAUCGACGCUACAGAGAAAGGGUCGUUAGCGAGAUUUGUCAAUCAUUCGUGUAAUCCCAAUGCUUACGUAGACAAAUGGGUUGUUGGGGAUAAAUUACGUAUGGGUAUCUUUGCCAAACGUGAAAUUGUAGAGGGUGAGGAGAUUACAUUUGAUUACAAUGUUGAUAGAUAUGGUGCUCAAUCUCAGCCUUGUUAUUGCGGGGAACCAAACUGCUUGAAAUUCAUGGGCGGCAAGAGACAAACUGAUGCAGCGUUGUUAUUGCCCGAGGGAAUUAGCGAAGCAUUGGGUGUGAAUUCAAGGAUGGAAAAAGCUUGGUUAAAGGAAAAUAAACAUUUGAGAGCAGAGCAACAAGCAGAUGAUGCUACUAUUAAUGAAAUGUUUGUCAAAAGCUUGACUGUGGAACCAAUGAUCGAUUUGGAUGUAUCGAAAGUCAUGGCUGCAUUGUUGAAAGCUCAACAAACGCUGUUGAUUAAGAAAUUAAUUGAAAGAAUGCACAAGACUGAUGAUGCAUAUAUCAACCAAUUACUUGUUAGAUUCCACGGAUACAAGACUCUUUCAAGUAUUUUACAAGAUGCAAAGGAUGAUGAAUUAAUAAUGAUGAUUUUGGAAAUAGUUGCAAGAUGGCCAGCUUUGACCAAGAAUAAGAUUUCCUCGUCACGAAUUGAAGAUGUAGUGAAGGAUAUUCAAGAGACCAACAAAAAUGAGCAGAUUCAAACUUUAUGUAAUAAAUUGUUGACACAAUGGUCAAAAUUGCAAAUGGCAUAUCGUAUCCCUAAGAUUACUCGACCUAUGGAGGAUUUAUCGGGAUACGGACGAGUUUCCAAAUCACCGGGCCAGGAAAAUACAGUCCAUAACAACAACAACAACAACAGCAACAACAACAACAACAAUAAUGACAACAACAACAACCAUAAUAACAGUGAUGCAGGCAAGGACUUACCACCUAAUUGGGCCACUAGCGUUGAUCCAAAAACUAACAAAGUGUACUAUUACAAUACCGAAACUAGAGAAACUAGAUGGGAUCCACCAGAGGGAACAACAGCUUCAGCAGAGCGGACAGUUCCCACUGGACCAAAACUCCCUGCAGAUUAUUACUCUACAUCAUCGGGGCCAAACACAAAUAUUCAACAGCAGCUGCAACAACAACAACAACAACAACAACAAAGGCCAGCAGGCAAUUACAAGCACAUUGAGGCACAAAUCAUGAGGCGAGAAGAAGAAAAAAUUAAGAAAGAAAAAGAAGCUAAGUUGCGAGAAAUGGCAAAUAAAGAACGUCAAUUACAAGAGCUUAUUGAACAAGCAAGACUAUCCUCUCAAAAACCCACACCCGAACCAGAAAAGAAUGGAGCUAGUAAAAGUAGUGGGGAGCAUAGACAUAAACGUAAACAUAGUAGUCAUGGACGUCAUGAACAUCAUCACCACCUGGAACGGAAAGUUAAGAAGGAAAACUCCAUUGAGCAGCAAUGGAAACAUAUUUUGGCCAAACAUAUUCCCAAUUUGGUAAAAAAACAUGUUAAUGAGAUAGGUAAGCCCAACGUGAAAGGGUGUGCUAAGGAGAUCGUUAAUAACUUGGCUCUUCGAGAAGCUAAAAAGUCCAAUGCACCACCACCUUCAGAAUUGGAUAAGCAUAAAUUGAAAAAAGUGAAGAAUUAUUCUGAUAUGUUCAUGGAGAAGUUUUUAGUCAAAUAUAGAACGAAGCAUAAGAAGAGAAAAUUGGAAAAAGCAGUAAAGGAAGACGGCGAGGAUGCAGAUAAUAGAGCUCUCCAACAAGGAGAAGAAGAAGGAGAAGAAGAAGAACAAAAAGAAGAGGAAGAAGAGGAAGAACUAGGAGAAAUAGAAUUAGCAGUUGCAGAGGAGAGCAAUGACGAAGGAUCAAUUAGUGACGUGGAUAUGACUACAGUCAACAGCGACAACCAUUAA